AUGGCCUUUGCUAUUGAUGAGAUCAACAGAAACUCCAACCUGCUACCUAAUGUGACUCUGGGAUACAGUCUUUAUGAUAACUGCGCCAAUCUAGGGAUUGGAUUUCGUGCAGCAUUGUCCUUAGUCAGUGGUCAAGAGGAGCAGUUUGUAUUAGACGAGACCUGUGUUGGAACCCCUCCAGUAGUGGGGAUUGUGGGUGAUUCUUCUUCUACUCGUUCUAUUGCCAUCUCCAGUGUCUUAGGUUUGUACAGAGUGCCGAUGGUCCGUGCUAUGAUUCAGAUUCUAAACCACUUUGGCUGGACUUGGGUUGGCCUGUUGAUCAGUGACGAUGACUAUGGACUUCACGCUGCCCGAUCCUUCCAAUCUGACCUGGUUCAGUCUGGUGCAGGGUGUCUGGCCUAUUUGGAGGUUAUGCCUUGGGACAAUGACCAAGAUGAAAUCAGGAGGAUUGUAGAUGUGAUGAAGAAAUCGACAGCUCAUGUGGUCAUUGUGUUUGCACAGGAAACUCACACGAUUAACCUCAUGGAAGAGGUGGUGAGACAGGAUGUGACAGGCCUGCAGUGGAUUACCAGUGAAGCUUGGACAGCAGCUACUGUGCUGCACACUUCCGAUUUUAUGCCAUACCUGGCUGGCACACUGGGUAUCGCCAUCCGUCGAGGAGAAAUCCCAGGCCUCAGGGAAUUCCUCUUACAAACACAUCCUGACCUACACAACAACAACAGCUAUGGAAAUAGCGUGAUCAGCCAGUUUUGGGAACACAUAUUUCAGUGUAGAUUUGCACCACCUCCACCAGACUGGGUAGAUGCUGGAGGAGGAUUAUGCUCUGGACAGGAAGAUCUACAAAGUGUGGAGACUGAGUUCAUGGAUGUUUCAGACCUCAGGUCAGAGUACAAUGUGUACAAGGCUGUGUAUGCACUGGCAUAUGCCCUUGAUGACAUGCUGCGCUGUGUGCCAGGCAGAGGGCCUUUCAGAGGACACAGCUGUGGCAGUUUGAAAGAACUGGAGCCAUGGCAGCCACCCCGGUCAGUGUGCAGUGAGAGCUGUCCUCCAGGUACCCGCAUGGCCAGAAAGAAAGGGGAACCUGUGUGCUGCUUUGACUGCAUCCCUUGUUCUGAGGGAAAGAUCAGCAAUGAGACUAACUCAUUGGAGUGCACCAGUUGUCCAGAGGACUUCUGGCCCAGCCUCCAGCGUGACCACUGUGUUCCCAAGGAAACAGAGUUCCUCUCCUACCAUGAACCUCUGGGUAUUGGCCUGACAGCUGCUGCAUUGCUAGGCACAUGUAUCUGUGCUGUUGUCCUGGGCAUCUUCAUCUAUCAUCGCAGAACACCAAUAGUACGCGCCAACAACUCAGAACUGAGUUUUCAGCUGUUGCUGUCACUUAAGUUAUGUUUCCUGUGUUCACUGCUGUUUAUUGGUCGUCCCAGACUGUGGACAUGCCAGCUGAGACACGCAGCAUUUGGGAUCAGUUUUGUGCUUUCCAUCUCAUGUAUCCUCGUAAAAACUGUGGUGGUUCUGGCUGUGUUCAAGGCCUCCAAGCCAGGAGGUGGAGCCAGUCUGAAGUGGUUUGGUCUUUUCCAGCAGAGAGGGACAGUCAUGGUUCUUACUUCUGUUCAGGCAGGAAUCUGCACUGCCUGGAUUGUAUCUGCCUCCCCAGUUCCUCAUAGAAACACUCAGUAUUACAGUGAUAAGGUUGUUUAUGAGUGCGUCGUUGGGUCUACAGUUGGUUUUGCAGUUUUGUUGGGAUAUAUUGGCUUACUAGCUGUCUUCAGUUUACUGAUUGCAUUUAUAGCAAGGAACCUUCCAGAUAGUUUCAAUGAGGCCAAACUCAUCACUUUCAGCAUGCUAAUCUUCUGUGCUGUGUGGGUGGCCUUUGUCCCUGCUUAUGUCAGCUCACCGGGCAAAUAUGCAGAUGCAGUGGAGGUAUUUGCCAUCCUGGCCUCCAGUUUUGGCCUCCUGGUAGCACUGUUUGGAGCCAAAUGUUACAUAAUCCUACUCAGACCAGAGAGGAACACAAAGAAAGCUAUCAUGGGUCGAGGCAUUGAAACAUAAAAACUGUCAUUAAAUACACUGAACACAAUGAAUCAAUUCUCUCUAAACAAACCGAAAAAAAUGUAGGCUGUUGCCAAUAGUAAGAGCAAUGUUAACAUGUUGAAAAAGUAGAACUGAUGCCAGUCAAAUGUACUUGAAUAUGAUAUG